AUGUUGAUCCCAAUUCUCGACGUCUGCAGAAAGAGGAAGCGAAACCCCAAGUGCUUCGACUUCCACAGCUUCGGCGAUCCCUGCUGCUCCCCGAUCGCAUUCACCGGUCCCUUCCGUGAUAAUAUCAGAAUCUUCGUCAACGAGUGUGCAGAACCUGAAGAUUACGAAAUUGAAGGAAUGCCCAUAUGGUGCACUCUACUAACCACAAGCAGUAGUAACAACAAUGUCGUCCUGCCGCUGUACACCGUCGAAGACGAAGAGAGCGUCCAUCCUUCUCAGAACCCUCUCUGCGAUCGAUGCAAAUGCACUGGUUGGGGCAACAAUUUCGUUUCCAAGAGAAAGUAUCACAUCAUAAUCCCAGUCCACAGCGACUGGAACAGGAAACUGGAAGAAGGAGCACUCGAUCUCGAAUCCCAUCUCCUACACGGGCUGAUUCACUGCAACGGAUUCGGCCACCUCCUGCGAAUCAACGGGAUCGAAGGCGGCGGCUCCAGGCACCUCUCCGGCAGGGAAAUCAUGGACCUGUGGGAUCGGAUCUGCGGAUCCCUCCGAGCUCGUUCUAUCUCCGUCGAGGACGUCUCCAAGAAGCGAUCGAUGGAUCUCCGGCUACUCUACGGCGUCGCCUACGGCCACUCCUGGUUCGGGAGAUGGGGAUACAAGUUCGGUCGAGGAAGUUUCGGCGUGACGGGGCAGGGCUACAACAGAGCUCUGGAAGCCGUGGCUUCUCUGCAGCUCGAUCCGAUUCUCACCGAUUUCGAUUCGAAGGGCCACGGGGGAGAGGAAUUGAAGCGAAUCGUUCGAUUUUACAGGGAUCUAUGUCGAACCCAGUUGACGAAUCUCGGAGAAUUGCUCAGAUUCAUGCUCGAUUUGAAAUCCUGCCGCUGCGGAAGCAAGAAAGAAGCAAACCCUAACGGCAUUUGCUCAACUCCGUCAAGGUUUCCGAUCAGGGUUCCGCCGCUGUCGACGGGGAAGAAGGGAAAUCCGCGGGCGCAGAAUCGGUGCAGGAAGUUCAGCUCCGUAAUCGCGACGCUGGACAGCAGAUGGUCGGCGAGGAGAAUGGAAUUCGCGGCGGCGGUUAUCGUGGAAGCUCUGCAGCAGGGGAAGACGUUGACCGGCGGAGGGAUGAGUCGGCAACAGGUGAGGGACGCAGCUCGGAUGCACGUCGGAGAUACGGGGCUUCUCGAUUACGUUCUGAAAUCGAUGAACAACGUCGCCGUCGGUGAUUCCGUCAUCCGGCGAGCCGUCAAUCCCAGAACCAGGAUUCUGGAGUACUCCAUUGCUGACCUACGGCAAGAAGAAAAACAAGGAUCCGAGAGGAAAUUCCAAGAACGAAGAGGAAUUUUCCCGGGAAUCGAUUUGUACACCGACAUGAGCUAUCUGUAUGAAAAUGUGCUGGUUAGCUAUCCAGAUUCGGAGCUAGUGGACAUUGCAACAUUGACUGUUCUAGACUCCAAGCAUUUCGUCAAGGAGUGGCCGUGGAAUGACAGAUGCGACCAGCUGCUGAGAUUGCUGUUUCGGGUUGACACCAUAGAUGGCCACCGAAAGCAGGAUUUCAGCGAGAUAGUAGUACUUCCACCUGAUGCAAACAUGGUGGAGCUCAAACAAGCAGCAGAGGAAGCCCUGAGGGACACCUAUGCCACGAUGGAGGAUGUGGAGGUGAUAGAGGUUAAGGGCAUGGAGGAUGCGGACGAUGAUCAAUCUUUGAGUGGUGAAAUCGAGCCUGGUUCAGAGAUUGUGGUGAAGGUGGCUGUAACAGGAGGAGGGAAGGAAGUGAUGAGCAGGUGUGGUAGUGGCAGUGAUGAACAGUAUGAAGGAGGAGGGGCGGACAACUGGAGAGUGAAGUGCGAGUGUGGAGCUCGAGAUGACGACGGGGAGAGGAUGGUGGCAUGUGAUGUCUGUGAGGUCUGGCAUCAUACGCGAUGUGUUGGGAUCGAUGACUCGGAGAAGGCGCCACCGUUGUUCGUGUGCAGUGGGUGCUGCGUUGCUCUUGGUGGGGAGGAAGAUGGUGGUGGUGGCAGAGUGGAGAUGAUCGAUUUGGGGACAAGCGUUGAUGACAUGCUGAUGAUUGAUGGUGAUGGAUUUGAGUAUGGCGCUUAUCUCCUGUUUUGA